AAGCUCCGGCGCCAUCUUGGCCGUGUGGUCGCGGGGCGGAGGAGGAAGGCGGGUGACUUGUGGCUGCUCGCGCUGCCGCCGCCAUUUUGUCGCGGUCGUUUUAGUCGGAGUGCGGCGGGAGCGGGCGGAGGGCGCCGGAAUCCAGCCCCACACCCCGCCCUCACCCGCUAGCCAGCCCCCACCGGAGACCUGGCGACCGUCUGCUUCGAUUCUCUUGAUCUGAAGAUGGCUGCACAGUCAGCACCGAAGGUUGUGCUAAAGAGCACCACCAAGAUGUCUCUGAACGAGCGCUUUACUAACAUGCUGAAGAACAAACAGCCGAUGCCAGUGAAUAUUCGGGCUACCAUGCAGCAGCAGCAGCAGCUAGCCAGUGCCAGAAACAGAAGACUGGCCCAGCAGAUGGAGAAUAGACCUUCUGUCCAGGCUGCUCUGAAGCUCAAACAGAAGAGCUUGAAGCAACGCCUCGGUAAAAGCAACAUCCAGGCCCGACUGGGCCGGCCAGCGGGACCGCUCGCUCGGGGGGCCAUGGGGGGAAGAGGACUGGCCAUGGGGCAGAGAGGCUUGCCACGAGGAGCCAUGCGUGGUGGCAGGGGAGCAAGAGCUCUGCUGAGAGGAGGAAUCCCACUCAGAGGGCAGAGCCUGCUUCGUGGAGGACGAGGCAUAUCCCCCAGGAUGGGCCUGAGACGAGGGGGCCUUAGAGGCCGUGGUGGCCCGGGCAGAGGUGGGCUGGGCAGAGGCGCCAUGGGCCGCGGGGGACUCGGGGGCCGAGGUCGUGGCAUGGCAGGCCGGGGACGAGGGGGCUUUGGAGGCCGCGGCAGAGGCAGAGGACGAGGAAGAGGAUCGGCACGUCCUGCCUUGACCAAGGAGCAGCUGGACAACCAGUUAGAUGCUUACAUGUCUAAAACGAAAGGACACCUCGAUGCUGAGCUGGAUGCUUACAUGGCUCAGACAGACCCAGAAACAAAUGACUGAAGGUCGUUGCCAGAGACUGUUGUCAAAGUUCGUGUGUUAUGUCGAUGCCCAUAAGCUAAAACAAGAAACCCCGAUUCACGCUGGAAGGACCCACAGGAGCAGAGAGCGGCCCUCUUCUCCUCAGAGAUCACUUUAUCUGUUCCUUUAACAUUUUGAUACUCUGUUGUAUGAAACUUUUUUUUUAUAUAUAUAUAUUUUUUUUCCCCCUUUCCCCACAUCUUCAGAAUGUGACUGUGACAGAUCUGCAGUUAAUUAAUCCCUGGUAGGUGAAGUGCUCCUCCAUGCCAACAUUUCCUGAUUACAUCCAUUCUGAGCUCUGUGGUUGCCUUUUGGGAUGGGCCCUGUCCCCAGGUGUGACCUAACGGCUGAGUUCACAUGAGCAGUUCAGUCUUUAACCGAUCUGAAGCAAAAAGCCACUUCCCAGCCCAGGGCAAAGAGCUGGGUUGGGGUUAGUUCUAGUGCUCUCUAUAGACACCAGUAUUGUUUCACACCAAACCUUCCUUUUCUGUUGGUAGCCUGUUAAUGCCUAGUGCAAGGCACUUCCCAGGUUGAAGACUUCCUUGAUUUAGGGUUUUGUUGUUUUUAGAUAAAAGUUACCGUUUCUUCAUUUUUUUUAAGCAGAUGGCGCCAGUGCUUUGUGCAUCUGUGAGAAAGCAAAAUGUUCAUUUGAAGGGAUUGGAAUCAGGAAUGUCAAAGCUACAGCGUGGUAGAACUGUCUCUCCAAAAACCCAAACCACACGGGGUCCAAAGUUCAUCUGUUACCGCUUGGUGUAACCAAAACCGUGUCCUCUGGUUAUCCCUCCUGCCUGCGCUUCCCCAGGGCGUUUGGGAAGGGGCCUGUUGCUCCCUGCCCCCUUCCCUUCUCCCCGCCGAGUUCAGCCAUCCUGUGAACUGUUCCACUCUGAAUGGAAUCUUGUAUUUCUGGUUUGUUGUUAAAGGAGAAAUGAUUAUAAAAGCAA